GGCAAAAUCCUUAUGUAAUCCUUGUUUUGGUCACGUGACUUAAUCUUAGCUUGCCAACAGGACUUAAGGUACAUAAAACUGGAAUUGGGAACUUAGUUCUAUUAUAAAUAUAUUUGGAUUUUAUACACACGGGGAAAAAAAUAGAAAAUGGCUUCCGCCGGAGAUGACCUAGUUGCAAAAUUCCAAGAGUUCUGUACCUUGGCAGGAUCCAAGGACAAGACAACGAUGACAUCCAAGGCCAGUGGGAAACUGGUCGCCGACUGUUUCGAUAAAGGAUACAAGAAAUAUGACGUCAAGUCCAUCUGUGAUGCCAGCGUGUUCCCCGCUUUGAAAGAGAAAGGAAAACCACACAUGGUAGUUAACAAAGGUAACGUGGAUAAGUAUAUAUCAAAGACAGCACACGAAAUUGCCAAGAGGAAAACAAAGAAUACGAAGAUUGCUGCCGACGACCCGGAAGUUGCAACCAUCAAAGAUGAUCUAUGUAGUUGUAUAUCUGGCGGUGGACCAAAUGUGAAAGUUGUUAAACAAUCCGCUACUGGAAAUGUAGGCGGUCUGACAGAUGCCUCUCAGUAUACUGGCGCACACAAGGAACGAUUUGACGCCGACGGUAAGGGCAAGGGUAUAGAAGGCCGGGCUGAUAUUGCCGAUAACUCUGGUUACGUCGGCAAUUACAAAGGUGAAGGAUCAUACGGCAAAAAGUAACCAAAGGAGAAGACAAUGGACAAUUUCAUAGAAUUUUGAUUACGAGAGUGUUGUUUUUAUCACGCACCAAUGCAAUACGAGUAGAAAUACAUUACAGUCUUUCCAAAAUAUCCCUUUAGUGUAUAAUCAAUACUUGCAACUCGACACUAAAUUGUUUGGCGUGGAUUAUCAGUAAGACGUUACCACUCUUGUUAUAAUCUGUUUUAUGGAGUACUUUUUUGUGUUUACUUAAGUUCAAGAUUUUAUAUGUUUCCUGUGAUAAAUAUUUACACUCUUGAUCUAGGCAACCUUAAUUCGAGCCGACUUUUUAGAUAUAGUUUGUUUUAUAAAUUAUUGUUGUUGUUUUUUUUGUGUUGUUUCAGAUGUUUUAUGAAUUGGGUGUCUUAACUUUUUAUGUGUAUUUACAGAAAAAAGAAGAUUUAUGCUUGUA